GACUCCAGGGACAAAGCCAGUAGUGAAGAGAAACACUGUCCAGGUGGGGCUGAACUUGGUUAAAAUCCACUGCCAGAACGAAGCUGUCUACCAAUACCACGUUACCUUCAGCCCCGAGGUGGAGGGCAGGAACACACGCUUUGCCAUGCUGAAGGAGCAGCGGGCGGUGACGGGAGACGUGACAGCCUUCGACGGCUCCAUCCUCUUCCUGCCCAUCCUGCUCCCACAGCAGGUCAGCCUGAAGGCUCUGAGCAGGAGCACCGGGGAGGAGAUCUCCAUCACCAUCCAGCUGACGAAGGUGCUGGAGCCCAACUCUGAUCUCUGCAUCCCUUUUUAUAACGUGGUUUUCCGCAGGGUGAUGAAAAUCCUAAGCCUGAGCCUGGUUGGGAGGAAUUUCUUUGAGCCUGCCCAGGCCACUAUCCUGCAGGAACACAGCCUCCAGAUCUGGCCUGGAUACGCCGUCAGCAUCCGGAAGAGGGACGGUGGGCUCUUCCUCAUGGUGGAUGCCAUCCACAAAAUCAUCUGCAGCGAGUCUGUCCUCAGUGUCAUGCGAACGAUCUACUCCCAGAGGCACACAGUGUUCCAGGAGGAGUGUGCCAAGCAGCUGGUGGGGGCUGUGGUCAUCACCCGCUACAACAACCACACCUACCGCGUCGACGACAUCGCCUGGGACAAGUCCCCCAAGGAUAGCUUCACUCUGGCCAGUGGCAAGGAGAUCACCUUCCUGGACUACUACAGAGAAACCUACGGGAUCACUAUCAGGGAUGUGGAGCAGCCUCUGCUCAUUCACAGGCCCAAGGAAAAGCAGAUGCCAAAGGGAAAGCAUUGCCUGGACAUGGUGCUGCUGGUGCCAGAGCUCACCUUCCUGAUGGGACUGUCCGACGUGCAGAGGAACAGUCGCGUGGUGAAGGAGCUGACACGGAAGAUGGUGCAGAGCCCCCGGCAGCACUACACGCGCCUCACCAACCUCCUGCGCCGCAUCCGCGACACACCCGACGCUUCCCAGGAGCUGGAACACUGGGGGCUGUGCCUGGACGUGGAUAUCCACAGGGUCCAGGGGCAUAUCCUGCCCGCGGAGAGGGUGAACCUAGGGCAUCGCUCCUUCUUCCCGGGCAACGACCUCAGCUGGCACAAGGAGGUGAUCAAGGAAGUCUCCAUCUCAGUGAUCUCCCUACAUUCCUGGUGCCUGGUUUAUCCCAAGCGGCUGCAGCACGUAGUCAAGGACCUGUUGGCAGCUGUGAGCAGCACCUGUGGCCCCCUGGGCAUGCAGGUGGCACAGCCCAUGAUGCAGGAGCUCAGGGACGAUCGCGUGGAGACCUAUGUCAAAACCAUCCGGAGCAUUCUGGGAAGUCAGGACAAGAUGCAGCUGCUCCUAUGCCUAAUCCCCAACAACAGGGACGACCUGUAUGGAGCCAUCAAGAAGCUGUGCUGUGUGCAGGCCCCAGUGCCCUCCCAGGUCAUCACUGCACAGUCCCUCUUAAGCCAUCCAGGCAAGAUCAGGAGUGUGGUCCAGAAAGUUCUGUUGCAGGUCAACUGCAAGCUAGGUGGUGAGCUGUGGAGAGUUGAGAUCCCACUGAAACAGCUGAUGGUGGUUGGCAUGGACAUCCACCACAGCCAGAGCCAAGGGAUUCGCUCCGUCGUCGGCUUCGUGGCCAGCAUGAACCAGAUCCUCACCAAGUGGUACUCCAGGGUGGUUUUCCAGAUGCCCCACCAGGAGAUCGCGGACAGCCUGCGGCUCUGCCUGGCCCAGGCCCUGCAGCACUUCUACAAGUUGAACCACACUCUGCCCCUGAGGAUUGUGGUGUACCGGGAUGGGGUGGCUGACUCCCAGCUGGACACAGUGCUCAAGUAUGAGAUCCCACAGAUGCAGAAGAGCUUUGAGGCCUUUGACAACUACCAUCCCAGCCUGGUGGUCAUGGUGGUGCAGAAGCAGAUCAAUAUCAGUUUCUACAACCUGAUGGGCACAGAGUUCCUGUCACCCCCAGCAGGCACUGUCAUCGACCACACCAUCACCAGCUCAGGCUGGCAAGAUUUCUUCCUGCUGGCACAUCACUCCCAGCAGGGCUGCAGCAUCCCCACGCGCUACGUCUGUUUGUGGAAUACAGCCCAGCUGAGCUGUGAGCACCUGCAGAG